CGUCCUGCUUGCCGUUCUUUGCGACUCUUGCCAAAAACAGACACACUCUGUCAGAGUGCAGUAGUGUCCAAAGAUCCAAAAGUGGGGGGUGAAACUCGCAGCCAAAAAAAAAAGCCCAAUUGUAUUGGUUUCGCCUGCCAGCACCCAUUAUUACUUCACCAUCGCAUUACGACCUUGGCUCUUAACGGGACAGUCGGCAAUGGCAGCCCCCAGCAAUAGUUCCAGGUUCCCUCCAUUGGAAAAGUAUGUCGCCCUUGACUGCGAAAUGGUUCAGUUAAGAAACUGCAUGGGUUUGGCAAAAAUUGGGAUUGUGGAUGCAUACGGAAAUGUCUUGAUGGAGUCAUUUGUCAGACAUCAUCCUGCAAAUGUCGUGAACUAUGUCACUCGAAAGAGUGGAAUAAGACCACAAGAUCUUGUUGGAGCGCCGACGUAUGAGCAAAUCCAGCCCCAAAUUAUAGAGCUCAUCAAGGAUAAGAUCGUUAUCGGCCACACUCUAUUCAAUGACCUUGCCGUGAUUGGACAUCGACAUCAAUACGAGAUGAUGCGUGAUACCGCACUCUACUACCCGCUGCGGACACUAGUCGGUGUCAGGAGUGAAGGCGUCUGGCCCAGUUUGAGAAAGCUGGCUGCAGCCGUGUUGAAUAUGGAGAUGCACGCUGCAGGAACCGCGCACGAUCCAGUGGAAGACGCUAGGAUGACUAUGGCGAUUUUCAUGACGGUCAGAGAAGAAUAUGAAGACGCGUUGUGGCGAGGCAAAGAUGUUGUUGCCUGUCUUCCCGAACGAUACGUAUCCUGCUACUGGUAACUGUUGUACAUAUACAUCAAGGGUUUUUUUUU